CCAUCCCCGCAUACCUCUAUCCAUCCAUCCAUCCAUCCAUCCAUCCCCCAUACCUCUACCCAUCCACCCAUCCAUCCAUCCCGCAUACCUCUAUCCAUUCAUCCAUCCAUCCAUCCAUCCCCCCAUACCUCUACCCAUCCAUCCAUCACCCAUACCGCUAUCCAUCCAUCCAUCCCAUCCAUCCACCCCCCAUACCUCCAUCCAUCCAUCCAUCCCCGCAUACCUCUAUCCAUCCAUCCAUCCAUCCAUCCAUCCCCCAUACCUCUACCCAUCCUUCCCUCCAUCCAUCCCCCCAUACUUCUAUCCAUUCACCCAUCCAUCCAUCCCUCCCCCCAUACCUCUCUCCAUCCCCCCCUCUAUCCAACCAUUCAUCCAUCCACACCCCCAUACCUCUAUCCAUCCAUCCAUCCCUCCAUCCAUCCACCCCAUCCCUCCACUCCCCCAUACCUCUAUCCAUCAUCCAUCCAUCCCUCCAUCCACCCCCCAUACCUCCAUCCAUCCAUCCAUCCCCGCAUACCUCUAUCCAUCCAUCCAUCCCCCAUACCUCUACCCAUCCAUCCCUCCAUCCAUCCCCCCAUACUUCUAUCCAUCCAUCCAUCCCUCUAUCCAUCCCUCCAUCCCUCCAUACCUUUAUCCAUCCAUCCAUCCCCCAUACCUCUAUCCAUCCAUCCAUCCAUCCCCCAUACCUCUAUCCAUCCAUCCAUCCAUCCCCUCAUACUACUAUCCAUUCAUCCAUCCAUCCAUCCCUCCCCUCCAUACCUCUCUCCAUCCCCCCAUACCUCCAUCCAUGGUCCUGGCCCCCCUGCACCCCCGUCCCACCAAAGCUUGGCUGCAGCGGGACGGAAUCGGGUCGUGCAAGCACUGGCAUGUGUCAAGGAGCAUGGCUGGAGCGGGGCCCCGGCCCUGCAUUUUGGGAACAAGAAGCAGGAGGCAGCAAACUUGUGCAAAGCAGGAAAUUUCACGCCCACGCCCCCAAGGGUCUUCAAAGAUGCAGGGCUGCAAAGUCUGGUGGCUUGCGAGAUUGCCUUUGCAAAUUUUCACAAGUCGUGA